AUGGCCCCUGAUGAGUUGAGUUUGAUUCCCGUUGCCUCAUUUAUCCCUCUCCAUCCAAGGGACGGCGUCCAGCCCACCAAACCAUUGGCUUUGGCUUUGGCAAUUCUGUCCAUUUGUCAACUUUUUACUGUCACUGCUCCUGUCAAUUUCACUGACUUCUCUGAACACAUGACAGCCUCAUUUCUAGAUGUUGAAUACAGUAAAGACUUGCUAUACCCCGAUGGAACCUUCACGUCCAAAUAUGGGUCUGGGUUCUACUUGGUGAUCGAAGAUGCAGAGACAGACUACGCAAUAGCCAUGUCAAUGUACUUUUAUAUUACUGCCCCAGGAGCGACGACAUCGAGGACAUCAUCAUCGUCAUCAUCUCCGCCGUUGGAAUCAGCUUCUUCUGCAACGACCAAAUCAACAACAACACCACCACCAGAAGCCUACACGUCUUCCGAAUCCGCACAAUCUUCCAUCUCCAGUAUUACAGUGAGUGCGAGUGCGAGUGCGAGUACAGACACACCGUCAACGCGAUCAACGUUUGAUGCACUCGAACCAUCGACCCCAUCUUCCUCAUCUGCAGCGGCGACGUCCUCUGCCGAUCCACAAUCCAAAAACACAGACACGGCAUCUCCAUCUUCUCAUACCACCAGCAUCAUCGCAGCCAGCAUAGGCGGAGUCUGUGCCGCGGUUGUAAUUUUUGGAAUUGCAAUCUACCUUGGAAUUCGGAGACACAGGCGUUGUCGUCGUGGUCGCCGUCAUCGUCGCCGGUCACAUUACGAUGCGAAUAAUCCCCUCGACAACAAUAAAAAUGAUGACGACGAUACGAACGCACAAGUCACGGAAAUAGAUGGGAACUGCCGAACCAACUAUAGUGUUCUACCCACUUACAGUCCUUCAGAAGACGCCAAGGCUCGCUCGUCGCCGUCGUCGUCUGCGUACAACGACGACGCACGUCCCGGCGACGCUGCUGGUGCCGUAGAACUUCCGGUUCACCAUCAUGACUCGGCGGAACUGCCUGGGUAAGAAAACGAAGUGGUCAGUAUUUGUUCAGGAGCAACGCUAGGCCAAGGGCAAUUUCAGUGGUAGUAGCAGAGGCAAUGGCAGUAGUGGUGCCAAUAGGAGACGGUGCACUACGAGUG